CGCGAGGACACAAUGUCUUGGCUGGGCUGCUUUCCCUGGUCCCAAGGGAUAAAGAAACGGGCCUGUAGAUAUCUUCUGCAACGAUAUCUCGGUCAAUUUUUAGAAGAAAAGCUGACAUUGGAUCAGCUCACUGUUGAUCUUUACAAUGGAACUGGUCGUGUAACCAAUGUCAGCCUUGAUGUGCAGGCACUCAAUGAAAUGGGAGAACAACAGAAUCUUCCAUUAGAAUUUGUUGAUGGUUUUGUAGCCGAGAUGUCUGUGAGCAUACCAUGGUCAGCUUUAUUAAGUGAAGCAACUUAUGUAGAGGUAACCAGUCUCAGAUUAACCGUUCAACCUAGACAAAGAACAGAAAGUGGAGCAUCAAUGUUCGAGUCUAUGUGGAGCUCAAUGACAUCCAGCAUGCAGCUUGCACAAGAAUGCUUACAAGAAGAUGCUAAUAAUGUUGGAAAUUCUCAGCCAUUGGAGGGAGUAGAAUUGUUUGCACAAACAAUAGACUCUAUUUUAUGCAGAGUGAAAGUGAGAUUUAUAGAUACUGUAAUACGUAUGGAACAUGUGCCUCUGGAUUCUUCCACAGGAGUUGCAAUAGAAAUGUGCAUAAAAAAUCUUGAAUAUUCAGAUGAAGCAGGUUUGGACCCAAGUAGCACUUCAUUAGAUCCUAGCCAGUCAACAAAGGGCUACAUUGUGUCAGCGUUUACUACAAAACGCUUCUACCUGGAGGGAGUGAUGUUCUAUACAGAUGAAUUUCCAUCUCGUGCAAGAACUUUCUCCAGAAGCAUAAUAACAACGAGUAGGGGUUCCACACCAGAUUCUAAAGUAAAGAAUUCAGAUGGCCAAUUUUCUUCUGCACAAAUAUCUCCCACUCAGAAUGCCCAGACUCCUUCAGAUGGGAACAUUCUUAAUAACCUAAACGAAUCGAAUCCUAUAAUGUUUGCUAAAUUGGCAGGCAGACAAGAAAUAAGAUUGAAGUUGAAGCAAGGAGAAGGUGUUUCAGGGCCGAAGGUAGCCUUAGAAGUAACACUGGGAUCUUUUACCUCGUUCCUGAGUCCGCGACAAAUGCAUGUUUUAUUGGAACUAGGACACGGUCUAGCAUCUCCAGAUUUGGAAGAUGUCAGUAAUGUUGCACCAAGAAAUUGCACCGAGAAACCUAUGGCUGUUAGUGAUUUUAAUCGCGUGGAACGAGAACUUAUUCACCAAAUACAUCCAACACAAGGAUUACGUACUACGGAUCUAAGACACACGCAAGGUUGGUCAACAGCAUCUUUGGACGAGUCAGAUAAUGAAGAUGAGUUCCUACCUAUGCGAUUACCAGGAUCUACAUCGAUGAGCGAUUCUGUUACAAGCAAUAACAUUAGCAUGGAUGGAAGUAUAUCGACCAGUAGUAUCAGCUUAAAAAGUUCUGCUACAAAUUUACCAAAGCAACGGAAACAGAGACAUAGCGUGGACAGUGGUCCUUCCGCAGAAACAUCUCACUUUCAUGUGAGAGUAUCUUCCAUAGCUGUGAUUCUAUUACACGAAGAUAUAUUGACUACGUGUGUAAAUGGCGGUGGUCUAACAUGUUCUAGUAUACAACAAAUGAAGAAUUCAGCGGACGAAUUUUUUAAGCAGCUGGGACUAUUUGCAACCGGCGGAUAUGGAAACAAAGAUUUCGAUAAAGCAUCGAAAUUACUCUUAAAUGCUUGCCAAUUGAGUCAUAUUAGAUUACUUGCUGCACCUUUAGUGAUGGAAGGAAGGGAGAAGACUACUACAUUGUCUUCUGUAAUAUCUGGAACACUGACUUUAGCCAGCUUUGAAAUUGUAGAAUGUUUAAUUGAUUCAAACAGUUCCAGUGGAAACGGCACUCCGCCGGCAGAAUACGUAGAGCUACUUACUUUUCCAAAAGAGAACUCAACAAAUAUUGGUUUCACCAAUAAAACAGACUUUAAAAUGAAGUUCAAAUAUGUUGAAGAUGCUCAUAGUGCUAGACAUGCUCAAUUAAUGAAAUACACGCAUCCUUGUACAGAAAUUGAUAUUGAAUUGGAGCCGUGUAAAAGUGAAGUGGAUAUAACUAUUGUAGAUAGGAUAUGCGCUUUACUUAACCCGCAGCCUAUAUGUGUUUGCAAUCCCGUAUCUAAUAACAAAAAUAUCAAUCAACAAACAUUGUUUUACCAAGCUGUGGAGAGCCCGACGUUAUCAGAUUUCUCGGCUGUUAUAAACGUAUCGUCGUCGCAAUGUACGAUAAAGCUAAGGUUUCCAAUACCAGAUUUACGACCACUGCACGAUAUGAAUCGGGCACCGUGGUGGAAACGAUCAGUAAGAACGGAUUACAUGAUUUUGAAACUGACAGAUGCACAAAUACAUUCUUCCGUGAAGAGCCAUCCUCACUCUGUGGCCAAGCACGAGAUUCAGUUCCGGAAGAUGCUGUUUUCAUACGCGGAAACUGAAACGGACACGCCAAUAAACAUAGGCAAAGUUACGACCGACGAAAAGAACAAUGCAUCGUGUCAGCAAGUGAACGAGAGGUUCGGUUUGGCCAGAGUGGCAAUUACAAUUUAUCCGCAGCGUUUGAGCGGUCAAUUGGAAGAUAGUUCGGAGGGUGAACCGGACUCAAGCUUGGACGAAACUUUGGAGAACGCACCUAAACAUCAACCAUCGCCGUUCAGUUCCAAACGUGUUAUCCAUGAAUCUGAUACACCCCAUUCAAGACCGCAUGGACAGGGCGACAGAGACAACUUGGAGCAAAGAGAAGGGGAAGAAUUGAUUAUACCAGGCAGUCGAGAAGAAAUGCUAGAGUUUAUGGAUCAAGGCAUUCGAGGUUCUAGAAUUCAACUAGAAAUCAACUUUCCAUGCGUUUCCGUCCAGAUACCAUCUAAGCACCUUUACGAACUGCUGUAUAAUAGAUUCAAUACCGAUCUUUUUUUAUGGGAACCGUCAGCACCAAGGCCGAAAUACAGCACGUACAUGGAGGGUCAUGUUGGUCUCGAUUUAGCAUCUACCUUGUUGCAGGAGUCUGUUUAUCCUAGAUUUAGCACGUGUAAAAGUGGAAUUCAAUAUGAUUCCGACUCUGACUCGGAUGAGGAUGGUAUAUUUCAUUCAGCGGCCGAUAAAAGUUACAGGCAGUACCAGAACAAGGUGUCGAGAAAUGGCCAGAGCAAGCUAGCACUAAUUUUGAAUAUAGAUCAAGGCAUUCUUUGCAUGUUCACCCCAGUUCGUGAUUCGAUGCGCAAUGUUAUACCCGGGCAACAAGGAGAAUUUAUAAUCCGAUUGGAAGAUGCGACGAUAUUUUCAGUAACCGCGUAUAAAGGGAAUUCAAAUUUAGGUUACGUAUGUGCCAUGAUAAAGGAAAUGUCUUUGGAUCAUUGCGGAUUAAUGACCACUCCUUCGCAACCACCGCCACUGAGACCUAUUAAUAGCAUCACCCCGCGACAUUGUCAAAAGGCUAUAUAUAAAAGUGAGCCAGAUGCGAAUGUAUUGGGAACGAAUAACAAUGAUAAAGAUAUGGUGAUGCUUGCUAUUCGAAUACAGGCUGCACAUCAGACGCAUCGUAUAAAAACUUUCAGAGUAGCGGUAGGCAUAUCAAAUGCGACGCUCAGAUACAGAAUGUGUACCACCGGUACCUCCUGGUUCACACAAUUGACAGAUUGCUUGGAUGUAACUGAUCAUCCAGUCGCUGGAUAUUCUCCACCGGGGAUAUUGACAGAGCUGCAUUUACAUCUUUGGGAUUGCGCGGUCGACUAUAGGCCGGUACACCUGCCACUGAGGUCAAUGGUAACUCUUGGCAACUUCAGCGUGUCCAGUAACAUUGCCGCGCAGACAAACACCUCGACGUUACGCUUCAUAGCGGAAGAUAUUGCCUUGUUUAUCUCGAACAAAGUAGGAAAAAUCGUGGACCUAAAGCGAGAUUAUGUGUGCGUUAUGGAUGUCGGCUUGUUCGAGCUGUCAUUGAGAUUAAACGAUAAAAUGUGCGGUGGUGCGCCCAGAGUGGAUCUAAGAGCGAGCAACAAUGUUCUCCAUGUACGAACCUGUUCAGAUUCAGGCCGUGCUCUUGUUCAACUGUUAACAUAUUUUGCCAGCGAUGGAGAUCUCUUACCGAAUACAGAGAGCAUUGAAAGUAUUACGGUACCAAGUUCCGGGGACGAGGAAAGCCUUCUUGGAGACGAGAGUAUCAACACGUUGAGCAAAAGUCAAGAGGAGCGUGUGAACAGUUUGAUGGAGGAAGCGAUGGAAGAGACUGUGAAAGGAACAGCUGCGAACGUAGAUGGUAAAAUAUUGGUAACCGAGAAUCGAGUGGAGGUAUUCUUCUUUCCCGACGAGUCUCACCCACUACCGCGAACAGUACCUGAAUUGUGUAAAAGUCCUGGACAAUGUGCCAAACCAGAAUGCGGUAUGGAGGCCGAUGACCCUAACGAGGACUUUUGUAUAUUAGGAGAAGAGGCUGGUGCAGGGAUCAUGCCUAGACACGGGGUACCAGAAGUUCGUUGGCUGUGUCAUGAGUCAUUGAGGAUAAUAGACAACCACUUUGCGGUCCCGCUUGGUAAGACAGAUUUACUGAAAGCGCCUAGACACUUCCCUGCGCCAAUUUUGAGGUACACCCUCUGUGAAAUGACACUGGUUUGGCACAUGUACGGAGGAAGGGAUUUCGAUGCUUCGCCACCGAUCCAGAAACAUGUCACUAUUAACGAUGGUACACGUGAAACGACCCAGGAGAGAAGUAGAUCUCCAUGGUGCGAUGGUGUGUCUUUCAAUAAAUCGAAUCCCAACGAGGUAUAUUUUGGAAGCAUGCCGAAUUCGCCGCGAGGCAAGGCUAAAGAAACGACGGACUGGCAAACGUUGGGAGGCCCAGGCCGUAGACAGGAUGUUCUGAUGGAACUUCAGUUGAACAAAGUGCGCUUUCAACACGAGGUUUAUCCCGAGAACACGGCAGAGGCGGCCAGGCAAAUAUUGCUAGUAAGCGAGAUAGAGAUUAGAGACCGACUGGCAUCCUCGCACAUCAACAAAUUCUUGUACCAAUAUAGUAGCGAAGCGAAACCAAAACAAUCACAUGCGAACAUGUUCGCUAUGAAGGCGGUUCACGUCAGGCCAGACCCAAGAUUAAGCGCUCAAGAAUGUUGUCUGAAGCUAAGCCUACUGCCGUUACGUUUAAAUAUAGAUCAGGACAGCCUGUUGUUCUUGAUAGAGUUUUUCAACGAAUUGGGCGGUGGUUCGAAGCAGGCUACUGAGAUCUCGAGUACUCCUAAUAAUCCACAAUCUUCCCCAGUAUCUAAACAAGGGACGCCGACGCAUCAUCCGCCGGUCAUGAGCGUGAACGAUACCGCACCUAAUGCUCCGUCACCAACGAACACGUCACAGAACGAUACUCUAGAUCCGAACUUGUUAAUACUCUUGGAAGACGAGCUAAUGAUCAAAGAGAGUAAAACGAAAAUAAAAAUGACGCAAGAAGUUCACGAAGAUUGUCAGCCGAUAUAUUUUAGGAGCGUUAUAUUUUCCCCUGAAGUCCUUGUUAGAUUAGAUUAUCAUGGGAAGCGUGUAGAUCUCACUCACGGGCCAUUAGCGGGCCUUCUAAUGGGCUUGGCGCAGCUGAAUUGUUCCGAAUUAAGACUGAAAAGAUUGACACAUCGACACGGACUUCUGGGAUUCGAUAAGCUCAUAACGUUUUUACUCUCCGAGUGGUUGCAAGAUAUAAAGAAAAAUCAACUUCCAAGUUUGCUGGGCGGAGUAGGCCCUAUGCAUUCGUUGGUACAGUUGUUUCAAGGAAUACGAGAUCUGUUUUGGUUGCCUAUUGAGCAGUACCAGAAAGAUGGAAGAAUCAUCAGGGGUUUGCAGCGAGGUGCAAACAGUUUUACCACAUCCACCGCAAUGGCAGCGUUGGAAUUAACAUCUAGAUUGGUACACGCUAUACAAAGCACCGCUGAAACGGCUUACGAUAUGGUCAGUCCUGGACCCAGCGUCAGACGAAAAAAUAAGGGACAGAAAGGACGUCGGAAACGAUACAGUCAGCCAUUGGACAUUCGAGAAGGAAUGACUAAUGCCUAUAUGCUCGUAAAAGAGGGUUUGGGGGAAACCGCGAAUCAGUUAGUGCGUGUGGCUAGCGAAGAACACGAGCAGAAAGGAGUUUCUGGUGCUGUGGGUGGUGUUUUACGGCAGAUACCUCCGACAGUCGUAAAGCCAAUAAUUCUGGCUACCGAAGCCACUAGUAAUGUUUUAGGCGGUAUGCAGUCGCAAUUAGUGCCCGACGCAAGACGAGAGGCGGCUCAGAAAUGGCGGCAAGAUUCAAACGACGCGAAUUGAGAUUGCGCUGUCGGUGAUGGGCAAAGUUGUCUUUCGAGGCGACUUCACUGUAACAUAUUGAAUCCAUGACGUGAACUUACAAAGAAAUGGCGUAAAUUUCUUCGAAACAAGAAACAUACAAUA